UGAACAUAGUUGGGUGACCAUUUGUAUAAUAUACCCUUGAAAAUAAAAGGUUUUGAAACGAAUGCGAUGAGGUUUCAUUUAUAUCAGUUAACGAUAAGCCCUCCCUCCUUUUCCAACCUCUCCUUCUUUGAAAUUUAGCUGAAAUGGCUACUGCAACAAUGAGCUUCAAUUUGGUGGGAGCAUUUAGGGGUCUUUCUCUAGCAUCAAGCUCGACGUCGUCCUUUAUGAAAGGAGAAGUGGGUUCCAUUCACAAAACGGCAGUCGUUUCGUUCCCGAGGAAGUCUCCGUUCCCUUUGACGAUCGAAUCGGCGCACAAAAAAGGAGCCGGUAGUACUAAAAACGGUCGCGAUUCAAAGGGUCAACGACUCGGCGUCAAAAUCUACGGCGACCAGGUCGCCAAGCCCGGUGCUAUUAUCGUUAGGCAACGUGGAACCAAGUUUCAUCCAGGGAAAAAUGUGGGGCUUGGCAAGGAUCACACAAUCUUUUCAUUGAUUGAUGGACUUGUGAAAUUCGAGAAGUUUGGACCCGACAAGAAAAAGAUUAGUGUUUACCCACGAGUACUUCAGCCUGAGAAUCCCAACAGCUAUAGAGCAAGGAAGAGAGAGUACUUCAGGAUGCGACGUGAACAAAGGAAGGCAAAAAAGGAAGGAAUUUUAGUUCAACCCGAACUUGUGCUUGCUUCGGCUGCUGAUGCUACGGAUGAUAAUCCUGUUUGCUGAUUGAAUCCGUGAAACUAUAUCUAUAUAUGCUUUUCUUUGUAUGGAAGUUAGAUUGGUAUCUGAAAAGUGUACAAACCUGAUGUAUCCAAUUUGGCAAUUUUAAUGGCUAGUUUCAUUUGUUAUUUUUGUCUA